AUGUCGCCGACCAUGACUGAAGGCAAUAUCGCGACCUGGAAGGUGAAGGAAGGAGACUCCUUCUCAACUGGAGACGUCCUUCUUGAAAUAGAGACCGAUAAGGCUUCGAUGGAUGUAGAGGCUCAAGAGGAUGGCAUUAUGGCUAAGAUAUUCGCGGAGGAUGGAAGCAAAUCGGUCAAGGUCGGCACGAGAAUAGCCGUCCUUGCAGAACCCGGCGAUGACCUCUCCUCUCUCAAAAUACCCGAAGACACCUCUGUCCCCGUUGAAUCUGCUGCGGACAACAUGAAAAGGGCAGCUGAACAGCAGGAGACGAGUGCGCCUGAGCCAAUAGGAACGCCACAAAACAAGAGACCGGACCGCGAUCGCCCCAAUAUAUCACCAUCUGGCUCCGGCCAGAAUCCCAAGUACCCCCUAUACCCAGCUGUGCAGUCCCUGAUACAUGCCAAUCACAUUCCGGAAGCGGAUGUAAUGAAGAUACCAGCUUCAGGCCCUGGUGGCCGCCUUCUCAAGGGUGAUGUGCUAGCAUACCUGGGCACCAUCCAGAGUGACUACAGUAAAGCUCAGUCCGAAAGAAUAGAGAAACUGGGACAUCUUGAUCUAUCGAACAUCAAACUGGCAGAGCCAAAAGCUCCUGCUGCAGCAACUAGCGAGACUGGAGCUGGUUCAGCUCGUUUAGAACCAGAAUUGCCGAAGCUGAGCUCCAUCGCACUCUCGAUAUCAUUGACAGAAGUCCUUAAGGUGCAGAAAAGAGUACAGGAUACGCUGGGAACAACGAUACCUCUUUCCACCUUCCUGGCACGUGCAGUCGAUCAGGCGAACGACGAUCUCCCUCUUGCGAGGGGCACAAAACCAAGUGCGGACGCGCUAUUCAACUCUAUACUUGGUAUUGACGCCAUACCAACUACAUCCAGGGGUACAUACCUUCCACAAAUCGUUGCUCUGCCUGUUGCAGCACGUCCAGCUGUCCCACAGUCGACCAGCGCAAGGCCACUCAAGAAGCCUGUUGAUAUUGUCGACAUUCUGUCGGGGAAAGCACGACCCGCCAAGUCGGUUGCAGGCAGAGCCGUUCUAGCAGGAGCUGGCCGCUCUGUACCUGUUGCCAGCUCCGGAGCUAUCAACGUGUUCAGUCUCACAGUUCCAGCUGGUGAGGAGAAAAGAGCAAGGACGUUCCUCGAAAGAGUCAAAACUGUUCUACAAGUUGAGCCAGGGCGGCUGGUCCUGUAG